ACUCACAUUAGCAUAUAAAUACAGGCAACAAAUAGGUUCAGCAGUUUACACGAUACUAUCUGAGUGUAAACAGGUAAUACUGACAAAGGAAGACUGAAGAGGUGCCACGUUUGAACAAGGCUGAGCUGCUCGAGGGUGGUUUCACUGCCAGUAAAAAAAAAAAAAAACCUUGAGGAGUCACUGCAUACAGUGGAGAUUUCAUCCUACUAUUGCUCAGUCUGUAUUUGUUUUAAGCAAAGGCGUAAAGUAAAGAAAAAAGCUAGAGGGAGGAGUCGGUACGAUUGAGAAGGUUCUGAGAAAGCACAAUUCAGAUUUCCUCCUCUCCAGCUACGUCGGCCAUCAUGACAGCCUUAUUCAUGAUGGCCCUGGUGGUCUCCCUGCCAGGCCUCGUUUAUAGCUUCAAUCCACUUAUCUCCUUUGAUGGAAAGUCCACCACUCACCGUGACAUCACGCGGCGAGCCGUCCUCAGAAAGACGGCCGAGGUCUGCCGAGAUAUUGCUGCCUCGAAAGGGCGGGAAUUCCUCUUGACCAUCGAUGACAGCGUGUCGUUUCUCGAGGUGCAAAGGGCCUGUUCCCCGACGGGCUCUUCCACUUCCCUCCAGUCGACUGUCAUAUUCGUAACUUCCAUCCUCAAUAUGAUCUUGAGCAACGCAAUAGUGGACGUUGCUUUUGCGCUGAGUGAGAAGCACCAUUUUGAUGAUGAGAGCUUCCGUGGAGGACGUGAUGUCAUAGCAACAGGCGUGGCUGCUGUGAAGGCUAGUGUGAAGCUGGAGAACUUUGUCGCAGGGAGGUCGACUCUUGGAAGGGUCUUGCACACCCUUCAAGACUUCUACAGUCACAGUAACUGGGUGGAGCUGGGGAACAUGGCCCCUUACAGCCCUCUGAUCACACCAGACCAACCGCUCCAGAACCUGGCAGAUCUUAGUACACCAACAUGUAGAAACUGUAGCGGUGGGAGCUGUGCGACGAACCUGCUGCCGCAGGGGCUUCUCACCUCGGGGUACUUCAGCCUCUUCAGCCCAGACAAACCUGCAGGUAAAUGCAGCCAUGGUGGAAGAUUAGACCAGACGAGCACACAUGACCCAGUGGGAGGCAUUAAUAAGGAUACCGUCGAGUCCAGUCAUGGCUCACUUCACCAGAAAGCUGCUGAUCUGGCUGUGGGUGCCACUCUGGAGCUACUGGAGGACAUCAGACUAGCCGUUGGAGACAAGGACUUCCUGCAAUUGAUGGGCCUCUCCCAGGCGCCCGUGCUGUGUUUUGUCAUUGACACAACAGGCAGUAUGAGCGAUGACAUAGCAACGGUCAAGAGCUUUUCCUUCAACAUCAUUGACAGUAAGAGGGGAACCCCGCAAGAGCCCGCUGCCUACAUACUGGUACCCUUCAACGACCCAGAUUUUGGACCUCUGUUCAUGACAACCAAUGCAGACGUCAUCAAAGACAGAAUAAACAGGCUGACUGCGAUUGGAGGAGGAGACACCCCAGAGUUGUCCUUGUCUGGACUGCAGCUUGCUCUGACUGCUGCUCCCCCCUCCUCUGAGAUCUUUCUCUUCACUGACGCUCCAGCUAAAGAUGCUUACCUAAAAAACACCAUCCUGGCCCUUAUACAGAGCUCCAAGUCUAUGGUCACUUUCUUCAUGACAAAUGUGUUUGCUCGGCGCCGCAGAAGUUCUCAGGGUGUGGUUUCACGUGCAAUGAGCCGAAGUGAUGACCAGCUGUACAGUGACUUAGCCCAAGCCUCUGGAGGUCAGGCCAUUCAGGUCCGCAAGGCGGACCUCUCUUUUGCUACUCAGGUGAUACAGGAUUCAUUAGCCACUGCUGUGGUGACAGUUUUUCAGGUAGUGAGAAAUCCAGGACGGCCUGAUCGUUUCACGUUCACUGUUGAUGGAUCACUAAGGAACGUGACUGCCUACAUCACAGGAACAUCCUCCCUCACUUUUGAUCUAACCAGCUCAACAGGUGUUACUCAGAGUUCCAGUCAGUCCAGUGGUCCUCUGGGGUCUUUCUCCACAGUAGGAAACCUGCACCGUUUAAUCAUCAACACUGACAAUCAAACCGGAUUAUGGGAGAUGAGAGUUAACUCAACGGACCCCUACUCUGUCAAGGUCACAGGUCAAAGCACUUUGAACUUCAUUUUCAACCUUGUGGAAGCUGAUGAGGGAGGCCGAGGGGACUUCAGUGUGAAGGAGGGACGUCCUCCUUCAGGUGGCAAUGCCAGUCUCUUGAUCUCUGUGACAGAAAGUGACACAGUAAAGGUCACAGAGGUCACCAUGUUGGACAGCUCAGGGACAACAGAAGUCAACGGAUCACUGCAGUCUGUGGGAAAGGGUACCUUCCUGGUCACAUUCAGUGGAAUCCCGGCAGGUGACUUCGUGGUUCUCCUGAGAGGAGAGGACAACAGCUCCACGUCCAGGUCAACACAGAGAAGCUUCCAGAGACAAGCCUCAACACAGAUCUCCACAUCCAGCAUCUCCGUUAAUGCUCAAGCCAACACCACCAACAUCGAACCAGGCUCCACCAUCUCAGUCCCUUUCACAGUUGCCACAACGGUCAACGGAGUUGUUAAUGAUUCUGCAACCGAGACUUUCACAGUUCGCACGAACAAUGACCGCGGUUAUUCUUUAACUGCACCCAGCGAGGUUACCACAGCAGCGGGCGUAGCCAACGGCACCGUCACCUUAACAGCACCAGCCAGUGCUGCGUCAGGAACAGAGGUGACCCUUACCAUCGAGGCAGAAAACACAGCUGCCAGCGACAUCAACUACGCCGUCCUCAGGUUGUUUGUUGUUGCCAGGGUGACAGAUAUUUCCCGCCCAGUGUGCCAGGUAGUCAGUUCCACCGAUUGUCCCUCCUCCCCAGCGCUCUGUACCACCUCCCAAUGGGAAUUCGUUGCUAAUCUCACCGAUGGCAUCAACGGUACUGGCAUUGAGAGCUUGACCGUCCGCCAAGGCAACGGUACCCUCAAUACCAGCACCGCGGCUGGGGUGGCUGGGGAGAACAUUACAGUGGCUUCCUACAGCGCCUCCUGCUGUUCACAGAAUGUAGUGCUGGCUGCUGUGGACAGGGUGGGUAAUGUGGGGACAUGUGUGGGACAGGCGAGAGAAUCUACCACGAAUGUGUCCACUGCUGCCCCCGUGAAUACAACUGCCCCCGUGAAUACAACUGCCCCCGUGUCCACUGCUGCCCCCGUGAAUACAACUGCACUUAACACAACAUCCGCUGGAAGGCACACAGAGAGCUUAUCGUACUUCAUCUAUUUGGGUGUUGCUUUUUCUGUCCUUUGGAAGUAAAUAAGAUACAUGGAAAUUACACGGUAAAUGUGCAGAAUAAGCACAGGAAUUCAUUAUUUUAAGCUUUUUCAGAUAUUAUUUUCCAAAGCUUGAGUAAAAUGGUGAUGGGCAUAUUUCUUUGAAAAAAAAAAUGUGUUUCUUGACAUAACUUGAAUAAGAAAUAUAUUUUUAUAUCAAAAUAAAAUCAAUAAGUUAAAUCAAUUGAAGUUACUGAAAGAAUCAAUGUUCCUUAUGGUGUGUGUGAUGCUAAUGUAAAAAAUACCCGAUUCUGCUCUAAUAAUGGCUGCUAGAUUCUCAAUUGGCUAAACAUGUGUUUUGGGGGUUUCCGGAGUUAAUCAUUUAUUAAAUAUGGGUGUCAAAUUGGAGAAAUACUGUUGAAUGGUUUUGAGAGAUAUUUGUAAUCAAUAAACUUCGCUACAAAGGCCUUCGUCUGACUUUCAA